GAGCGCGGGGCGAUGGGCGUGCCGUGUCCGACUCCAAAGCGAUAAAACCCAGCCUCUGCUCGGCUCUUCCCCUGCUCUCGCGUCUCCUCCUCCGGACAGGACCAGCGUGUCGACGUGCCUCCACAACACGAUUAAAACUCAUCUGACAAAAUGGUGAAAGUCGGAAUCAAUGGUUUUGGUCGCAUCGGGCGCCUGGUGACCCGGGCUGCUGCCCAAAAUAAGAAGGUUACAGUGGUGGCCAUCAACGACCCCUUCAUCAGCCUGGACUACAUGGUGUACAUGUUCAAAUUCGACUCCACUCACGGAAGGUGGAAAGGAGAGGUGAAGGCAGAGAAUGGUAAACUCAUCAUUGGAGACAUGACCAUCACGGUCUUCCAAGAGAGGGACCCAGCAAACAUUAAAUGGGGCGAGGCUGGAGCAGAGUACGUGGUGGAGUCAACUGGAGUUUUCACCACCAUCGAGAAGGCCUCUGCUCACCUGAAGGGCGGCGCUAAGCAUGUGGUGAUCUCUGCCCCCAGCGCUGACGCUCCCAUGUUUGUGAUGGGAGUGAACCACGAAAAGUACGACCCCUCCAUGAAAAUCGUCAGUAACGCCUCCUGUACGACCAACUGCCUGGCUCCUAUCGCCAAAGUCAUCAACGACAACUUCGGCAUCGUGGAGGGACUCAUGAGCACGGUGCACGCAGUUACAGCCACGCAGAAGACAGUGGACGGGCCUUCCGGCAAAAUGUGGAGAGACGGACGAGGAGCCGCUCAGAACAUUAUCCCUGCUUCAACUGGAGCCGCCAAAGCUGUGGGCAAAGUCAUCCCAGAACUCAACGGUAAACUGACUGGAAUGGCUUUCCGUGUCCCCACUCCCAAUGUGUCUGUGGUCGAUCUCACUGUGCGCCUGGAGAAGCCGGCCAAGUAUGACGACAUUAAGAGGGUAAUGAAGGCCGCCUCUGAGGGCCCCAUGAAGGGAAUCCUGGGAUACACAGAGGAACAGGUUGUGUCCACAGACUUCAACAGUGAUCCUCACUCCUCAACCUUUGAUGCUGGAGCUGGAAUCGCCCUCAACGACAACUUUGUCAAACUCGUCUCAUGGUACGAUAACGAGUUUGGCUACAGUAACCGUGUGUGUGACCUGCUGCAGUACAUGUCAUCAAAGGAGUGAAAAAAAAAAAAAAACCUUCAGAUCUGUGUUUGCUGUUCAAGAAUUCAAAUUAAAGCAAUUAACUUUAGAGUUCAUGCUGUCUACUGUAACGUUCCAGAGUCUAAAACUACUAUGUAGAUUUGCACUUAAAUAAAGUU